AUGAUGCUCAAAUCUGCUGUCGUUGCUUUGGCCUCCGCCGCCCACCCCGGUAUCAAGACCGUCGAUACCACCUCUCCCUUCUGCAUUGGUUGCGAGUUGGCUGUCAACGGCCAGAUCCCAUGGCAGGCGUCCCUCCAGACCUCUGGUCACUUCUGCGGUGGCUCCAUCUUGAGCUCCACCUUCGUCAACACUGCUGCUCACUGCAAGCAGAACACCAACUUCACCGUCCAGGUCGGUGACGUUGACAACCGAUCCGGUCAGCGAAUCACCACCGCCCAGUUCAUCGCUCACCCCCGAUACAACGGCUCCCUCAUCAUCAACGAUUUCGGUGUCAUUCGACUUUCCAGCCCAAUCACCUUCAACGACUUCGCUCAGCCAAUCCAGCUCAUUGCUCCCUCCGCUGAGCGACUUCCUGACCGAACCCCACUCAUGACCUCUGGAUUCGGUUACUACCAGUACCAGUCCAACGGUGUCCUCCCAGACCGCCAGACUUCCCGAUACCUCCGAUGGCUUGAUACUGAAUACGUCUCCGUCCAGCGAUGCAAGGCUUUCUGGCAGGGACAGACCAUCGACAACUCCGUCCAGUGCGCUGAUGUCGGCGGUGCCUCCAUCUGCUCCGGUGACUCCGGCGGACCCCUCGUCUACAAGGUCAACGGCGAAUACCAGCUCGUCGGUGCCACUUCCUGGGCACACGUUUACUGCAACUCCAACGGCUACCCACAGGGUUGGUCCAACCUCUGGUACCCAGAGUUCAACCAGUGGACUCGGGACCAGGCCGGCCUUUAA